UCUCCAGCAGAAGACAAACUUUCAAGUGGCCUCUAACUAGAGUCUUUCCACUGGAACAGCCGGCAGGAAACAUUGACCCUGGGAUCAAUCGAUUCUGUUUAAACUGCAGAGAGAGCCAGCCAGAUUCCCAUUUGAGAAAGAGCUGCGUCCAGGAACUCCCCCACACCCUAAGGCAGAGAGAAACAGUCUCACUGGAUCUGGAUUAAAACUCCUCUUCCUGGAAUGGAGCAGGCAGUGAAGACCAUAUGGAUCAUGUUUGUUCUGGGGAUGAACAGCGGGGCAGGAGGGUUCCCUGUGUAUGACUACGACCCAGCCACCUUGAGGGAUGCUCUGAGGGCUUCGGUGGACAAAGUGAAUUUGCUGUCAUUAAGUCCGUAUCUGUUCCGGGUUGUGCAGAGCUCCUUAAAGAGAGUGGCCGUUGUAGGUGAGGACAGUGUAACUUUGGAGCUAAAGUUCCGUGUCCGGGAGACCACGUGCAGGAAAGACUUGGGUGCAGACCCCAAUUCCUGUGACUUCCAAAGGGUGCCCUCGACUGAGUGCAGGAGCACUGCGCAAGUGUCCGAAGAGCAGGUGAAAGGAGUGUGGGUUCGCUGCCAUUGGGCCUCCAGCUCAGAAUCCAGCAGUGAGGAGAGGUUUUUUGGAGAAUUAUUGGGGUCUUUUCGACGGAGAAGCCAUUAUCAACCUGGUCUCCUUCCAGAUGAACUUCAAAGUGGCAACUUUUAUGGGCGGUCCCAUGAGAUCAUGAGAAGGCGCUUUCCUCCUGUGAACAGAAGGUUCCUGAACCCGUGGCACGGAAUGAUAGAAUGAAUGGCAACUAUGAAUAAUUGCCUCGAGCAAAAUGGAUCAGCAGAAACAGAAUUCCCGAUGAUGAUCCUUUCUGAGUUGCGUCAUUUUCUUUAAGCUUGUUCCAGUCUAUAAUAAACACCUCCCUUUUUGUCCUC